AUGGAACUGGCCCAAGAAAUGAUCAACGCCCACGACAAAGUCAUUGAAGGCACCAGCGACGGCCUCAAACGCCGUCCUCGCCAGGUUACCGUUCUCGACCAAGCCAGGACGAGGACGGCCGCUGCCAAAAAGAUUGAGGACCCUGAUGAAUACUUCCGCCAGCGCCUCGAGAUAACGAAUCGCGAAAAAACCCUAGCAUUUGAUUUUCGUCUCACGGCGCUGGCCUCAUCCAGAGAGAUAGAGGCCAACGCCAUCAUUCAAGCCGUCAAGGCCCAGGACCAGCGCUUGGUGUAUGACGCGGCUGAGCCAAGGCAAGGGUGGGGUGGUCAGAACCACCCGCGGUUUCCCGCAGACCACUUCCUAUCAAACGUCCAUCUGAUCAACCGAACGAGGCUGUUUGCUAUCGCGACAAAAAUGCCCAAAGGGGCACACCUUCACAUCCAUUUCAAUGCCUGUCUGCAGCCUCAUGUCCUGCUGGGCAUAGCCAAGAACAUGGAUCGCAUGUUCAUCACCAGCGAUAAGCCCUUGCCUGCGAGCGGCGAUGGCAGGACGGACGAGGAGGCACGGAACUCUCUUCACCUCUGUGAGAUUCAAUUUUCCAUUUUGCCGCCAGAAAAAGAGAGGCCGGGCGACAUAUUCUCGCCAGAUUACGUGAAGCGGCAGACGAUGAAAUACUCUCACUUUCUUCAAGAGUUCCCAAAGAAACACAACGCAGACCCAGAGGAAUGGCUCACAAGUAAACUCGUCUUCCACGAGGAUGAGGCUCAUAACGUGCAUCAGACAGUCCAGGGUGCCUGGGAGAAGUUCAAUGUCAAAACCCGCAUGAUGAAGGGCCUUUUCAACUACGAGACCGCUUAUCGAAAGUACACUCAGGGAAUCCUUGAGGACUUUGUCCGUGACAACAUUCAGUACGCCGAGAUUCGGCCAAACUUCAUGGAGACGAACCAGCUCUGGACCGACGACGGUACAAAACAAAUCGACAACAAGGGCAUAAUGAAAAUCAUCAUUGACGAAUUCGACCAGUUCCAGCAAAGGACUAAUAACUCUUUUGACGGCUUGAAGGUCAUUUAUUGCACCCCUCGGUCCUUCUCCAACGAAUCUGUGGCUUUUGCGCUCGAUGAGUGCUUCCGUUUUAAGAAGGAUUGGCCCAAGUGGAUCGCCGGUUUUGAUCUGGUUGGCGAGGAAUCCAAGGGACGACCUCUGCGAGACUUCGUCCCCGAGUUCCUUGCAUUUAGAAAGAAGUGCGACGAGUCCGGCGUUGAUAUUCCGUUCCUCUUCCAUUGCGGCGAGACGACGGAGAUCGGUGACGAUACAGAUGGCAACCUUGUGGACGCCCUUCUGCUCAACUCAAAACGCAUAGGCCACGGCUUUUCGCUGGCAAGGCACCCGUACAUCAUGGAACACAUGAAGAAACGGGGCAUCUGCCUCGAACUCUGCCCCAUCUCCAACGAGGAGCUCGGCCUCACGCCGAGGGUAUCAGGACACGCCAUGUACAAUCUUCUCGCGAACAACGUACACUGCACUCUAAACUCGGAUAACGGAACCAUAUUUAGAUCGAGUCUUUCUCAUGAUUUUUAUCAGGCAAUGGUUGGCAAGACGGACAUGACCCUGCACGGCUGGCGACAGCUCAUCGAAUGGAGCCUGGAACACUCCUGCAUGUCCAAAGAGGAGCUCGCCAUCGUGCGCGCGGCCUGGGAGAAGCGCUGGGAGGAAUUUCUGGAUUGGGUCAUUGCCACAUAUGGCAAUUCGGAGGCGUUGGAGGACGAUUCUAAGGCGUAG